CGUGUGUGUGAGAGAGAGAGAGAGAGAGAGAGAGAGAGAGAGAGGUAGGGGGCGGGGUUAGUAAGUAGCCGCCCUGCCUUCCUUCACCCAACCUCGGUUAAUUCUUCGCAGGCUCCGGAUGAGUUCUCCGCUUCGCCUCUCAGCAGAGCGGAAGGAACGGAGCGUUUCCUGACGCAGGUCGGUCCACGCUGUCCGGGCGGGUUGGGGGGGGGGCGGCGCAGUAAAAUACCGAGGCGGUUCCGCUACAACACAGGGCCUAACCGACCGCCGGUGUGGCACGUGACAGAUAACGAGCGUCUUUUUUUUUUUCUUUUUUUUUUUCUCACGGCGAGAGGAUCAGGAAAGCGGAGCUCGGUGAGAGAGGGCUCGACCUUCAGAGGAGAUCAAAGCUCCGCGGGCUCCCGCCGCGGCAGAGAUGGAGCGGCUGUGCGGACCGCAGCUCCCCUUCUGGGUAGCCAAUCAGACGCUCCACACAGACCGGCCCGACCUCCCGGAGUGUUUCCAGCUGUCAGUCCUGUCAUGGCUGCCGUGCAUCUACCUGUGGGCCGCCUGCCCCAUCUACCUGUUCUAUCUGAAGAGGAACAACAGAGGUUACAUCAUGAUGUCCAUCCUCAACAGGUUCAAAACGGUGUUCGGCCUGAUGUUGUGGAUCGUGUGUUGGACGGAUCUCUUCUACACAUUCCACGAGCUGCGGCAGGGAAGCAGCCAGCCGCCCAUCUACUUCAUCACCCCGCUGGUUCUGGGCAUGACGAUGCUGCUGGCCACAUUCCUGAUCCAGUUUGAGAGGUUACGUGGGGUUCAGUCCUCAGGGGUCCUCUUCAUCUUCUGGUUCCUGUCUGUGCUGUGUGCCAUCGUGCCUUUCCGCUCCAAGAUCCUGCAGGCCUCCAGCCAGAGUGAAGUGACAGACAAGCUGCGAUUCUCCACGUUCUACUUCUACUUCAGCCUGGUGGUGUGUGAGCUGAUCCUCUGCUGCUUCAAUGAGAAACCUCCUCUCUUCUCCAGCGUCGUCACAGACCCAAACCCCUGCCCGGAGACCACGGCAGGUUUUCUCUCCACCAUGACAUUUUGGUGGUUCACAAGAUUGGCCAUCAAAGGCUACAAGGUUUCCCUGGAGGCCAAAGACCUGUGGUCCCUGAACCAGCGCGACAGCUCCAAGGUGAUGGUGCCGAAGCUCCUCAGAGAGUGGGACAAGGAGCAGGCCGACGCCCGGAGUGAACCGAGUGUGUCCAGUCAGGCUGUGUACUCCAAGCCCCUGCAGUCCACCACCAACCACAUAGCAGGAGGAGUGGGAGGGGGAGGGGGUGACACCAGCCCGGAGGAAGUGGAGGUGCUGCUGUCCAAUCAGAAAGCGGCUCCCCGUCAGCCGUCCUUCCUGCGCGCCCUGAUCAGAGCCUUCGGACCGUACUUUCUGAUUGGCUCCGGCUACAAGCUGCUGCAGGACAUCAUCACCUUCGUCAACCCUCAGCUGCUCAGGAUGCUGAUCUCAUUCACCAAACAGAGGGGGGUUCCUGACUGGUGGGGGUACUCGCUGGCCUUCCUCAUGUUCUUCACCGCCUUCCUGCAGACCCUCAUCCUCCACCGUCACUUCCAGUACUGCUUCGUCACGGGCAUGAACGUCCGCACAGCCAUCAUCGGAGCUCUGUACAGGAAGGCGCUGGUGAUAACGAACGCCGCCAAGCGUUCCUCCACAGUGGGAGAGGUGGUCAACCUGAUGUCCGUGGACGCGCAGAGGUUCAUGGACCUCACCACCUUCCUCAACAUGCUGUGGUCUGCUCCUCUGCAGAUCAUGCUGGCUCUUUACUUCCUGUGGCAGAACCUUGGUCCGUCGGUUCUGGCUGGAGUCGCCGUCAUGAUCAUGCUGAUCCCUUUUAACGCCGUGAUCGCCAUGAAGACCAGAACCUACCAGGUGGAGCAGAUGCAGCACAAGGACGCUCGUAUCAAGCUGAUGAACGAGAUCCUGAACGGCAUCAAGGUCCUGAAGCUGUACGCCUGGGAGACGUCCUUCAAAGAGAAGGUCCUGGCCAUCAGACAGAAGGAGCUCAACGUGCUGCGCAAGACCGCCUACCUGGGAGCGCUGUCCACCAUGGCCUGGACCAGCGCACCUUUCCUGGUUGCCUUGACAACGUUUGCUGUGUAUGUGACUGUGGAUGAGAACAACGUCCUGGAUGCGGAGAAGGCCUUUGUGUCGCUGUCACUCUUCAACAUCCUCAGGUUUCCUCUCAACAUGCUUCCUCAGGUCAUCAGCAGCAUGGUGCAGACCAGUGUCUCAUUGAAGCGGAUCCAGAAUUUCCUGAGUCAUGAUGAGCUGGAUCCAGACUCUGUGGACAGGAAGAACACAGCCACAGAUUUUUCUGUGACCGUCGUCAACGGGAAGUUCAGCUGGGCCAGAGAGGAUCCUCCCGUCCUGCACAGCAUUAACGUGAUGGUGCCUCAGGGCUCCCUGCUGGCCGUGGUCGGCCAUGUUGGCUGUGGGAAGUCGUCGCUGAUCUCCGCCCUGCUGGGGGAAAUGGAGAAACUGGAGGGAGAGGUUUCUAUUCGGGGAUCGAUGGCGUACGUACCUCAGCAGGCGUGGAUACAGAACGCCACGCUGCGGGACAACAUCCUGUUUGGGAAACCCUACAAUGAGCAGAAGUACCGCUGCGUUCUGGAAGCCUGCGCCCUGACCCCUGACCUGGAGGUGCUGCCUGGAGGAGACAUGACUGAGAUAGGAGAGAAGGGCAUCAAUCUGUCCGGCGGUCAGAGACAGAGGGUGAGUCUGGCCAGAGCUCUGUACAGCGACGCUGACGUCUACCUGCUGGACGACCCGCUGUCCGCCGUGGACGCCCACGUGUCCAAACACAUCUUCGACAACCUGAUCGGCCCGGAGGGCGUGCUGAAGGGGAAGACACGUAUUCUGGUGACGCACGGCAUCAGCUUCCUGCCUCAGGUGGACAACAUCAUGGUGAUGGUGGAGGGCCGGGUGUCAGAGAUGGGCUCCCACCAGGAGCUGCUCAAACAGAACGGGGCCUUCGCAGAGUUCCUGAGGAACUACGCCCUGGAGGACAUCGUGGAGGAGGACGACGCCAUAGAGGAGUUGAUUGAAGAUGAGGAGCUGUUCCCUGACGACGCCCUUAGCAACCACACAGACCUGGUGGACAACGAACCAGGGAUCAACGAAGCCAAGAGGAACUUUAUAAGGCAGAUCAGCAUCAUUUCAGCAGACGGGGAAAACGCCAGGUGUCGCUCAGUGAGGAGACACGGCUGCAGCCAGAGGAAACACUCCGAGGCACAAGAGAAGAAGAAACCGCGAGAGGUGGAGAAGCUGAUCCAGACGGAGACCACAGAGACGGGCAGGGUGAAAACUAAAGUGUACCUGGAGUAUGCGAAGGCGGUGGGACCCCUGCUGUCAGUGCUCAUCUGUUUCCUGUACGGCUGCCAGAGCGCCGCCGCCAUCGGAGCGAACAUCUGGCUCAGCCAGUGGACCAACGACGCCUCGAGGAAUCAGACUAAGGAGAACGUUCACAUGAGGGUGGGGGUGUACGCAGCACUGGGCAUCGCACAAGGUGUGCUGUUGUUGGUUAACUGCCUGUUGUGCCGCGGCUACAGUAUGCUGCGGGCGGCCAAGCUCACACACCGCAACCUGCUCCAGGGGGUCCUGCGGGCCCCGCAGGCCUUCUUCGAGAGCACCCCCACUGGGCGGUUACUGAACCGCUUCAGCAAAGACAUGGACGCUAUAGACUCCCACAUCCCAGAAAAUAUUGACAUAUGGAUGCGCACUUUCUGGUACACACUGAAUGUGCUGCUCAUAUGCUCUGCCCUCACCCCAAUGUUCCUCAUAGUCAUAGCCCCAUUAAUGGUGUUCUAUUGGUGGGUUCAGAGAUUUUACGUUGCCACGUCUCGGCAGCUAAAGCGCCUGGAGUCGGUCAGCCGCUCUCCCAUAUACUCCCAUUUCUCUGAGACCAUCACGGGCUCUAGUGUAAUCCGAGCCUAUGGCAGACACUCUGCCUUUGUUCUGAUGAGUGAUAUGAAAGUGGAUGAGAACCAAAAGAGUUACUACCCUGGUAUAGUGUCCAACAGGUGGCUGGGAGUGCGUAUUGAGUUCAUCGGGAACUGCAUAGUGCUGUUUGCUGCUCUGUUCGCUGUGACCGGAAAGGAGAAUCUGAACCCCGGCCUCGUGGGUCUGUCUGUGUCCUACGCUCUACAGGUGACCAUGUCUCUGAACUGGAUGGUGCGGAUGACGUCAGAUCUGGAGAGCAACAUCGUAGCUGUGGAGAGAGUGAAGGAAUAUUCUGAGACCAAGACAGAGGCCCCCUGGGAGGUGGAGGACAAGAAGCCCCCUCCUGAAUGGCCCAUGGAGGGAAACGUGCAGUUCCAGGAUUACAGCGUUCGGUACCGAGAGGGACUGGACCUCGUCCUGAAGAACCUGACACUGAGCGUCAACGGAGGAGAGAAGAUCGGUAUCGUGGGUCGCACCGGAGCGGGAAAGUCCUCCAUGACGCUUUGCCUCUUCAGACUGCUGGAGGCCGCAGCAGGAGAGAUCACCAUCGACAAGGUGAAGAUCUCUGAGAUAGGCCUGCAUGACCUGAGGUCCAAACUCACCAUCAUUCCACAGGAGCCUGUGCUGUUCUCGGGGACCCUGCGGAUGAACCUCGACCCCUUUGAGCAGUGUAGUGAUGAGGAGGUGUGGAAAGCUCUGGAACAUUCUCACCUCCGCAAGUUCGUCAGCAACCAGCCGUCCAAACUGAAUCUGGAGUGUUCAGAGGGAGGAGAGAACCUCAGUGUGGGUCAGAGGCAGCUGGUGUGUUUGGCUCGAGCUCUCCUGAGGAAGACGAGGAUCCUCGUCCUGGAUGAAGCUACAGCUGCUAUCGACCUGGAGACGGACGAUCUGAUCCAGUCCACCAUCAGGACUCAGUUUGAAGACUGCACCGUCUUCACCAUCGCACACAGACUCAACACAGUCAUGGAUUACACCAGGGUCCUGGUGUUGGACAAGGGAGAGGUGGCUGAGUUCGACACUCCGACAAACCUCAUAUCACAGAGAGGAAUCUUCUACAGCAUGGCUAAAGAUGCAGGACUGGUGCAGUAGAUGAGGAUCAGCUCAGUUUGACUCUGAAUUCUGGCAGUUCAACUGAAGAGUACCUCCACGUGCAGUUGGUAUAUUUUCAGGGCACUUCCUGCUGGUUCUGAACUAAACCUGAGCUCCUUUCCCAGCUUGGAUCAGUCAGCAGUUGCAAACAGUCGAACCGACAUCAGGACAUGUGACUGACCGUAUUGUCCUGUGGGGCAAACGGUCCUUUUGUAUCUAUAUAGGACAAAAACAAGCCAUAUGUGCAAGUGCUGGUUGAUCCAAGUCUGCUCUUCAGUGCCUUCUGCCAGUGGGACGAAGAAGCCAGUGAAUGUAUCGUUUUCUAAUCAGCUGCAAAACAAACAACAAAAAGGAGGAGCUUUUUUAUUUUAUUUUUUCUACCAGAGAAAUGCUGUGCCACUGUACUUUCCUCAGACAAAAAAAACAAACAUACACUUUGUGAUAAACCCACUUAUUUUUGUACUGUACCUUUAUUUAAGCCACUUUUUAAAGAUUUUUCUCAUAGGGAAGUUUGCUCAGUUUAACAUGUGAUUCUUCUGUGAACCAAAUUUAUAAAAACUUGAAUUCUGUACCACCAAAAUAUUAAAUAUGAUAAUGCCUUUAUUAAAAAAAAAAAAGGAAGAA